AUGGUUAGUAAAAAGAACACAGAAUGGAUAAAUAUUGAGAAAGAAUUAAAUUCUAGACACGGUGUAAACAAGAGAACCAUAAUACAGUUGAAAUCAUUAUGGAAAAAUCUAAAAGCCAUAAAGAAGUCUGCUGUUGCUAAGGAGAGGAGAGACAAGAAAAAGACAGGUGGAGGACCAUCUGGGAAAAGCUUGGAUAAAAUUUCCUGCACCAUAUCCGAAAUGCUUCCACAGCAAAUUUUUAGUUUGCAAAGUCCAUAUGACGAUGAUGCAAGUCUCCAUGGGGAUGAACCAGAAGAUGACAAUGAGGAUUCAGAUGAUAAUGACGAGAUAUUGACAACCAACACAAUUCAGGAGGAUGCGCCGAUAAUGUCGGAAGAAUCCGCUAAACCGCUACAACCAGCGUCCAGAGUUCCUGGUACUAAACAAAAAGCUGCUUGUCCAGGACAUCAAGACCAAGUCAAGAAUAGGCUCCUGGAAAUGGCAGAAAUAGAACAUAAUGAAAAAAAGAUGACAAUCCUCCAGUUGAAAGAGGACAUACUAAAGUUAAAGAAACAGAAACUAGAGAACGAAAUAUAG